AUGGAGGCGGGAGAGGACAUCAACAAGUUGCUGCAUGUAGAUUUGAAAUGGGUCGUCGCCGACCGGGUUGUUGCAACGUGGGAGGACGAGGCGCUGCAUGCUCAUUUUCUUGGUCGCUUGUCGUCUCACAAUAAAAAGGCUGAUUUCUCUCUUUUGCUUGGACACUCUCCGGACGACAGGAAUGCUUGCCUAUUGCUACUUCACUUACCGCUUCGUGUUCGUCCCGGAGCCGGCUCGAAACCCACCGACUUGUUCCUCAUUCUGCCGCCCGAAGCUUUCAACUCCCCAACCCCACUUGAUAUCACCACUGCCAGCACAUCCGAAUUUCCCAACUCGCAUCUCGACCUUCUCAAGUCUGCUGGUCUAAGCGACUCUAUUAACGCCGUUCGGCUUGCAUUCAAGCUCAGAGACCCGGGCUACGUGCUGAUGCCAAGGAUCAAAUUGAAGAAUGAGCUGCUUGGAACUCCACGAGAGCUCCUUCUCGCCCUCCGCUCCUUGUCCCAGGCCACCAGUUUCGAUGUCUAUCUCAAGCGCAGCACGUAUUCGCAGGUCGCGCUUAGCGACUUCCGCGCAGCCGUGCUCGACGGUUCCGCGCGCAUGCCACGGCUUCGUCCCAAGUCCAUGUACCAAGGCCGAGGCGCGAAGCAGGAUGCUUGGGAGCUUUUCGGCUUACAUGCAAACGAUGCCGGACCUAGCAAGGAGAAACCCUCGACAGCGAGAUCAGGCGAAAGCGAUCGAGAAGGAAGCGCGCCGCCUUCGUACAAGGAGGUUGUUGUGAAGGCCUCGCCGCCGCCAUUCGAGAAGCCGACCAAGGGUCCCGUUGCAUGUACUACCGCGGAAAAGGCCUCAGGUGCGCCUCAAACGCCAGAUGCGCUUGGCCGGGGUAGCAUAUCUGUCGUGGAGGAAACCCCAUCGGCAGCAGAGCCUCCCACCGAACCACCGCCGCGAAAACGGACAUUCGCCGAGGCCGAGAGCCCCACCGCAUCGGACAACGAGACGGAAGCGGAUUCGAGGAAGAAGGGUCCGAAGAGCCUGGUGCAACUCCCCUUGUUCGCCGACGGCUCGUCUCCAAUCCCAGGAUCGCCGCCACUGACAGAGAGGCCGCACAGCUCGCCCCCAGCGUCUACGGGACCGCAUCUCCCUUCUGCGCGAUCGCCCGGUCCGUCCCAGCACGACUUGAGCACCGAGGACCUGCUCCGCGAGAUCGCCACCUGGAUGCAGGACGGAUGGGCGGUGGAUGCGCACGCCCACCAGAAGCUCCUCCUCCCGCUCCUCGCCCUGGGGUACCACGCGCAUCGGCGCAACCUGCGCGACUUCGAUCUCGCCAAGGGCCGCUGCACGUCUCUGCUCUACAUCCGCCUCGCCGCUCCGAGCACUCGGGACGUGGCAGUUCCCCUUCCGCUUUCCCCGGCGAGGGCCGUCGUCGACGUCGAGGACGACAUGGCGCACUUGGUGGCCUGGGCGAAUGGCUCCGUCUUUCGCGGUGCCGAGAGCGUGUUGAGAGAGGAGACUGCUCUGCUCGGCGCAGCGGCUGCUCGGGCUCGUGACGGCGGGCUUGCGGCGAGAGGGGAAUACGUGCGGCAGAAGGCGCUGUGGGUGGCUAGGGUGUUCGUGUGCUUUGGCGCGGUCAGGGAUGUCGAAGCGCUUGCCGAAGGGAGUUUCGGGGUGCUUUGA